AAAAGCUUCAGUUUUUGAUAAUUAUUAAAAUCUAAUUUUUAUUAAAAAACUUAAAACAAAAUUAAAAUGUCGGCGAAUACCGCUCACACAAGCCGAGGAGUAUUGAUUCACGCUGGAGAACAAAUUCUUCUGCAUUGUAAAAAUAUUUCUGUGGAAUUUCCGGGGCAAUCAAAUCAACUUUUUCUUGGCUCAAAACAUGGUUAUGUGUACCUAACUUCACAUCGGUUGAUAUUUAGAAGUAAGCGAAAAAUUGAAUUUCUUCAAUCCUUAAGCCUUCCAUUUGUUGCAAUUGAUAACAUUUCAGUGGAUUCAAAUUCAAUAAAUGGCAAACUUCGAGCUCAACCAAAUGGAAAUUUCGAAGAACAAAUUGAUUUCAAAAUAUUUUUCAAAUCCAUUGAAAUCGCUGUUAAAUUUGGUGAUGCUUUAUUGUCCGCUAUAUCUUUGACAAAUAUUGGAAAUGAUAUCAAUUGUGACUUGCUGCCACCUUAUUAUUCACCUAGAGUCUGGUUUGAAGGUCCUUGGGGAACCUACAAAUGUCCUACAGUUUUCAAAAAAUGGUUGCCAUCAGAGAACUUAUUUCCAGAACCAUCACCGAAUUCGAUAUUCCUGAGUGAUAAUCACCCUCCAUUUCCUGGGAUUGACACUUGUUCAAGCUCAAGACCAUAUGGACAAUUUUCAAAUUUCCAAAUGACAGUUUAGAUGAAUUUACUAGCCCACCAAGAAACGUUGAAGCUUUUCCUCCCCACUCCUUAGUUUUUUUCAACGCAAUUGAAAAGAACUAAAUCAAAAACUAGAUUUCAAAAUUCUCUUUAGCCAUCUUCCAAUAUUAUAAAGGAACCAUUAAUGUUUUCUCACCCCAUUAAUUUCAAAAACAUGUAGAAGAAAAUCCCAAAAAUAUCUCCAACCUGUAUCUAUUUAAAAUGAAACCACUUUUCUUUUGCUUGUAGUUUUAUAGAAAUUUUAAUUACGACUUGGUGCAUUGUGUUUUAAAGCCUGCUUUAAAUUAAUUUAAAACGAAAAAAUGCUAAAUGUUGAAACAAAUUAAAUUUAAAUUAAACUUAACAUUAACUCGUGUUUAAGACUCAAACCAGAAAAUAAAUAAAUAGAGUAAACUUACAAAAGCAAACAAAAUGAGACUAACUUACAAAAGAAAAAUAAAUAAAUAAAAACGC